AUCCCAGAAGUGCCCCAUCCCACGCCAAAAAAGGGUGUGCAAAUAACCUUUCCAUCACAAGCGAUACUUCACUCUGCCAACCUCAACAGGAGUUACGGGUGGGGUCGUUGGUUUGCUAUUGAAUUAUAACAUUCCCAUACUUCUGUUCUGUGGUGUGAUCUAGAAAAAGUGUAGGGACAUCGUUUGUGGGUGUAUGUGUGAACGCUUUGAUGAUGUAGCAUGGUUUAUGGUGUAGAAUUUGUUUAAUGAAAUUGAAACCAGUCCCCAAAAGUGUGUUUGCUGUCCGUCCCGACGAAGGAACAGUCUUUGCAUAGCAAGGAAAUGGGUACAGGACAGCUACCUAACAUUCCAAGACUGAUGAUUGCAAGUAAAUAGGAAGUAAAAAAUCCUUCUCCUAACCCGUUCAAAAGAAAAAACCGAAGCCGAAAUAUGUGGUUAUGAGUGAGUGAGUGAAAUAAAACAGAAUCACCGUAUUAAGCGGUACAGUGAGAUGAGUCCACAUACCAACGGCAGUGGUUAAGUGAUAUAGUCUGUGAGCAAAAUAGACCGCAUGAUGGCCAUCAAUGGAACCACCAUCACCACCAGUGCGUCGGUCAUCAUCAACUAUACGGCGGCCCUGUCGACCACCUACCAGGAGCUGUUUGUCAAUCUGCACGAGACCGGCCUCGGGACGGUGUUUGACGAACGGCAUCGGGUCAACGGGACGAUCGGAUGCAGCCGGGCUUGCCUAUCGUGGAAGAAGCUCGUUCUGGUAGCGCUGUUCUGUCUGCUGAUAGUGAUCACGGUCGUCGGCAAUACGCUGGUGAUCCUGUCCGUGCUGACCACGAGACGGUUGCGCACCGUCACGAACUGCUUCGUAAUGAGUUUGGCCGUUGCCGACUGGCUCGUCGGUAUCUUCGUGAUGCCACCCGCCGUCAUCGUGUUCGUCGUCGAAUCAUGGCAGCUUGGGUGGAUACUGUGCGACAUUUGGAUAUCGCUUGACGUGCUGCUCUGUACGGCCUCCAUCCUUAGUCUCUGUGCAAUCAGCGUUGAUAGGUAUAUAGGGGAGGGUGGCGCACGGUUAAAGCAAAAGAUUGUUUUUAAUGCGUUAGUUCGGUUGGCGGUGGUAUAUUUGGCUUUUCUUCCUGACAGAUAUCUGGCUGUAACGCGACCGCUCACCUACUCGAAACGAAGACGCUCCAAGCGGUUAGCACUGUUGAUGAUAUUCGUCGUGUGGUUGGUAGCACUAGCGAUCACCUGUCCUCCCAUCCUUGGCUGGUACGAUCAGGAUCGAAGGACACUACAAAGCUAUGAGUGCCACUACAACCAGAACAAGGGCUACGUCGUGUUUUCCGCCAUGGGUUCCUUCUUCAUCCCGAUGACGGUGAUGCUGUACGUUUACUCGAAGAUAUGUUGUGUGCUUACGUCGCGCCAAAACCGGAUGACCAAAACGGAGGCAACGGAAAAGAACUGCGAUAUCGAGGUGGAUAACUGCACCUCGGAUGCGGACACCAGCCCGCGACAGAUGGUGAGUGGAGCGUACGGUGGACGACACGCACUUCCCGCCGGCCACUAUCCGAAUGGAAGCAGCAGCAACAACACUUCGCAUCAAACGUUGUACGAAUUUUUAAGCUCCACACGCACAACACCGAACGUGGCGUCACGUGGCACACAAAGCACUACCACCCGGAACGGUAGCAAUGCGAGCGGCAUGUCAAAGUUUUCGGGCGCCACAUUUGAAUUGCGACCGAUUAACACCGUGCAGUUUAGUGCAAGUCAAAUUUCGCUCUCGGAAUCGUGCGCUUCGAAUGUCACAAACAAUGCGACCAAGAUACGGCUGCACGGGAAACGUAUCCCGAUCCGCAUUUCCUCGCUGAAGCGUGAAACGAAGACCGCCCAAACGCUCAGCAUGGUUGUGGGUGGGUUCAUUGCCUGCUGGUUGCCAUUCUUCGUGUACUACCUGCUGAUGCCAUUCCUGCCGGACGAUUCGAAAAGUGACGAUCUGAUGGAGUUCCUAACCUGGCUCGGGUGGAUUAACAGCGCCAUCAAUCCGUUCAUUUACGCGUUCUACAACGUUGACUUUCGGGUAGCGUUUUGGCGCCUCACACUACGGAAGUUCUUCAAAAACAAGCACAACCUCACCUUUUACAAAUCAUAAUGCGGAUCGAGCCGAGCAAGAAAAAAGACAGUGUGUCGUCAGUGUUUCGUUACUUAUUACAUAGAAUGGAAAUAAAUAAAUAAAAAAAAACGAAUUAACUAGAAGUUUGUGUUGCCUGUUUUGAUCCCGUUUUGCCGAUAUGCCCGCCGGAGAUGAAGCGGCUUUUAAGGAUUCGCAAUAAAUUGUAAAUCAAUUAAGGUGCUGUACAUGCUACGUUUUCAAAGGAUCAAACAACAGGUUCCCAGAAGUAUGAGGGUUGGUAGGUAGCUGGUGUAUUUUUUUGUUUUUUUUUCCUGCGAUUGAAUUCGCAUCGUUGAAAAUGAAAAAUAAUUUUCUCUGCCCGAGGGCUGCGGCGUACAAAAACACAAAGUCAAUAGUAGUGGUCUUUUAUGUUUUGUGUGCAAUUUAAACUAAUUGUUUUCGCGAAUAUUGCAUUCUAUCGUUUAAUGUAAGAGAGUAACGAUAUAU